UCCACCGGACAGCUUCACCAAUUAAAAAAAAGAAAAGAAAAACUGCUUAGUGGAAUUGCGGGGUUGCGCGCCAGGGAGGAAUACACAAGAAAGUGCCGUGAUUUUUACCCAGGAUAUCUUUAUACUUUUUAAUUUAUUUUUCAGAAGACUUCAUAUCAACUGUUAAGACCAAUCCCUCAAAGAGAAAGCAACCUGGGUGGGCGGGGGCUACAUCAACGGAACAGCAGAGUAUGUCUAUCUACCAGAUUAUGGUCUGGCCUGGGCUCAGGCACCGUUUGGUUAUGCGCUCAGCUUGGUAUUAGGUGGCCUUUUCUUUGCCAAGCCAAUGCGAUCACGUGGAUAUGUCACAAUGCUGGACCCUUUCCAGCAGCUUUAUGGUAAAAGGAUGGGGGGAUUGCUUUUCAUUCCUGCACUCAUGGGAGAAAUCUUCUGGUCUGCAGCCAUCCUGUCUGCCUUGGGUGCCACUCUCAGUGUGAUCGUGGACAUAAACAUCAACAUGUCUGUGGUGAUUUCAGCGCUCAUAGCUAUCUUUUACACACUGGUUGGAGGACUGUACUCUGUCGCAUACACAGAUGUCGUCCAGCUCUUCUGCAUAUUUUUGGGUUUGUGGAUCAGUGUGCCUUUUGCCCUUUCCAAUCCUGCUGUGUCAGACAUCGGUCUUUCCGCCAAGGAAGAAAUCUAUCAGUCCCCUUGGCUGGGUAACAUUAAACCUGAAGACAAUUGGCUGUGGGCAGACAACUUCUUUUUGCUGAUGUUGGGAGGGAUUCCCUGGCAGGUCUACUUUCAACGAGUUCUCUCUGCCUCUUCAGCUACCUAUGCUCAAGUUCUCUCUUUCAUAGCUGCCUUUGGCUGCUUGGUCAUGGCUGUUCCUUCUGUCCUCAUCGGAGCUAUUGGGGCUUCCACGGACUGGAACCAAACUACCUAUGGCUCCCUUGCACCGAAGGACAAGGAUGAAUCUGACAUGAUCCUUCCCAUAGUGCUUCAGCACCUCUGCCCACCCUAUAUCUCCUUCUUUGGACUGGGAGCGGUGUCCGCAGCAGUGAUGUCAUCAGCAGACUCGUCCAUACUUUCAGCCAGCUCCAUGUUUGCCAGGAACAUCUAUCAGCUCGCCUUUCGGCAGUCGGCUUCUGAUACUGAGAUCGUUUGGGUGAUGCGGAUCACCAUCUUUGUGUUUGGAGCUCUUGCUACAGCAAUGGCACUAUUAACCGGAUCUGUAUACGGCCUUUGGUACUUAAGCUCUGACCUCGUCUACGUUAUAAUCUUCCCCCAGCUUCUCAGUGUUUUGUUCGUCAAAGGCACCAACACAUAUGGCUCUGUAGCGGCCUAUAUCUUUGGACUCUUGUUGCGUAUUGGUGGAGGGGAGCCUUACCUAAAACUGCCUCCCUUCAUCUACUACCCUGGCUGGGUGACAGUGGAAAGGGUUCACCACCUCACCGGAGAUGUAGAGUUCUUCGUUCAGCAGAGGUUCCCCUUCAAGUCUGUCUCCAUGGUGGCAUCUUUCUUAGCAAAUGUGGCUUUCUCCUACCUGACCAAGUACUUAUUCGAAAGCGGCAUGCUGUCUCACAAGUACGACUUCCUGGAUGCUGUCGUUUCCAAGCAUAGCAAGGAGAUUAUGGACAAGACCACGCUGGUAAGCAAUCAUGAUAACAUUAUUUUAUCGGAGAUGGCACCCGUCAGACAAGCUCUGGGUGCUACGAUUGCUGGGACUUUCACCAACACCGAGGUUCUAAGCGACGAUGGUGAGUCAAGUCCGGAGUCUUUUCACAGUGACAACUAGAUGCCAAAACGCACAAAAGAAAACUUGAAACAAGGAAUGUGAAAGGGAAGGAAAAGAAUCAAAGAGGCAUCAGCAUCCUUCAGGAAAUGUGUUACUGCCACACUGUGAGCCACAUAAGCAGAAACCUUCUGCGGCUUCCAAGUGACUCUACAAGUAUGUUGGUGAAUAGGUGCCUCCUCCAUUUGUUUAUAUUUCCUCUCUAUAAACACAUCCUUAAAUUGUCUGUACAAAGCUCACAGUUAUUUUUCUGACCAUGGCUCUGUGAAUUUACAACCAUUUUAAUUUAAUGGCUGCUACUGUGGUCAAAAGUAGGGAUAAAGGGAAAUGGUUUUUCAAGCGUAGAGAAAAGAAUCGCGUCCUGGUCUUGAGUACAGUGCUAUAGAGCUAAGAAGCAUUGUUUAUUCCUGGUUGUCUAAGCUCAGGUUAUGUAUGUGGAUGCAAAUACAGUGCUUUGUAAAUUAAGUUAUUACCCUUGAACUUUUCCAAGUUUUGAUGCAUAACACAAAAACAUCAGUGUAUAAGAAGAUCUUUCAUAGGAAGAUUUUGAGCCACAGGAUGUGGCUGGACAGGAUUGAAAAUGAUCUCUCCAGCCAUCCAUCCAUGUUCUUUUUUUAAUUUAUCCAACUAUUUAAGUGCAAAGUUGUGGGCCUUUACUUGUAGGUUUUGCCAACUUAAAGCGUGGCAUACAUUUGAACUUAGCCUGCUCCAUAAUUAAGAGAGCUACAUUUCCAUAGUUGUGUGAAGAAUGUCUGAACAAGUUAUUUUUACGAAAUCACCUGGGUCAGAUUGAAUGGAAAACAUCUAUGAACAACUUUCAGUGUUGUUGUGUCCUUGGGCAAGACACUUCACCCCCCGCAUUGCCUACUGGUAGUCGAAGGGACUGUUGGUGCCAGUGUACAGCAGCCUUGCUUCUGUCAGUGAGCCCUUAGGCAGCUGUGGCUACAAUGUAGUUUACCACCAUCAGUGUGUGAGUGUGUGCGUAAAUGACUGAAAGUAGUGUAAAGCGCUUUGGUCAAGUCUUCUCACUCGAAAAAAGCACUCUAUAAGUACAGGCCAUUUACCAAGUUUUUUUAUUAUCCCAUUUAGAGAUUCCUAUGUAGCUUAAGCUCUGGUAUUUGGCUGAACCGCUUAAAAUAUUAAA